CUUCCGCUAGCGGGAGGCGGUACACGGUCCCAGUCUCUCUAGCGUCCCCGCUCUAUGAUUUUGGGCCGUCAAGUCUCCUCCUCUCUAUGGUGCCAGCCCUGCGUUGCCGGGAGUCUGCAGCGUUGCCUACGGAGGUCAGGUCGUGCCCGCCAGGGACCCCUCGCCCAGCGCCGGCCAUGCCCGCCCGGACCCCUGCGGGGGCAGCCGGGCACCUAGGAGUUCUGCUGGAGGUCAGCGGAUGAAGCUGAAGAUUAAAUAGGAAGGCUUAUUUUAGCAGAAUGAGAUACCAGAUAACUGCAUAUUGAAUCUUUCAGGGCUAAAGAAAUCUUGCUGUCCUUACAAUAUCUUUGAGAAACUAUUGAAGUUUUAGUAAAAUGACCUAAAAAUCGUUUUGACAGAGUUUAAGCUGUUCAACAAAGGGCGCUCUAAUGGAUGACGGAGAAUUUCCUACAAAUGAUCUACUGAUAGACUUAAAGGACAGACUUCAUGCUGGUGACAGUGUGGGAAAUGUGGGAACUCGUUUGGCUUCUUCAUCUGAUGAAAAUGAAAAUCAACUUGAUGGUGACAGGAGUGAGGUCCUGACCAGCAGUGACAGUGCAAUGGGAAUGCAUGAAAAGGUUGAGCAGGACAGUAUCAAUAAUAAUGAAAAUGUGGACAGUGGAGACUGUACACCAAGCUGCAAAGAAGUUGAGACUGAGAAGAAUUCUGAAAGUUUCCAUAUGGACAUACAUAGAGAGGAAAAGCUUGUUCUAGAAAAAUGGACAGAUGGAAAAAGAAGUCCAACUUUCAAAAAAGACUCCGUUAGAAAAUCUACAGAAGUGCCUUCAGUGGACACCACAGCACUCAAGAAAGAGAAUGCUCUCCUUAAAGCUACAGACUCAGUUCAUGAUGAAGAUGCUGAUGAGACAAAUGUGAACUAUCAGCAAAAGCAACAAAAACAGACUUUGCAGUUCCUUUUUUCCAUGCUUCGAGAAGAGUUUGAGCAGAUGGACUCAAGGAUACUCCCUCUAUGUCUCCAUCAGAUAGCUGAGGCCUAUUUUCAGGAGGAGGAAUAUGAGAAGGCAAUGAAGUUCAUUCAGCUUGAACGACUAUAUCAUGAGCAGCUACUUGCAAAUCUUUCUUCCAUUCAGGAGCAGUGGGAAACAAAGUGGAAAACAGCAGUGCCCAGUACAGUUACGACUCUGAGGAAUUCAGCUAAAGGACUUAACAAUGAAGAGUUAGAAAAUCUUGCUAAACUUUGUACAUCACAUCAAGAGCCACUUGUAUCCAAACACAAGCUAGUAACUACUGAAAAGUCCUUGGGAGGCAAUCGUUUUGUACAAUUAAUGGGAGCAGAAGAUUUAAAAGAAAGAGGGGCCGCUGCUUGUGAUUCAGAUACUGAAACUUGGCCUGGCAUUGGACCAAGAAAAGAAAACCAGCACAGAGAGAGACAGAUGAGUGAGAGCUCCCUGUGUGAUAGUAAAACUGAUAGGCUUACAGAAGCAGCCCGUCUUCAAGUAGCUGCAGGGAAGGACCACAUGGAGGAGCAGCACUGCAGUGCUGAAUCAACACUGGAGCCACACACCCAGUCUAUAGGGACAGUGGGCAGGCCUUGUUCUGACUGUUUAUCAUCUGGGGAUGCUGGUAAAGAUAACAGUUUGCAGCGGAGAGAGAAGCAGUUCUCUAAGGAUGUGGCAAAAAUAGAAGACGUGGCUAAGGAGCCUGGAGUGGAACUCUCUGCUGAGCCAAUGGUAGACACCUUAGUUUUAAUGGACGCUGAUUAUAUCCCUCCUGAUUUGAUUUCUAAAGAUGAAAAUGUACAAGCUGAAAGAAAUGUUCUCAGGUCAAAACACCGUGCAGGCUCUACUGAGACUGCCAGAAGCCAGCUAGGAAAUAGUGCAUUAAACCAGCAGCAGCAGAAGCCUGGUUUAGGAGAUGAGGAUGGAAAAUCCCCACAGGAUAGAACUGCAUCAAACAUUUGUGAAAACAUGUGUUCUGGAAGUAACAAAGCACCUGAACAUAUCAGUCCUGCACAUCCAAAAGUAUGCAAGGGACUGCAGGAGAUGGCAAGGCAGCAGGAGGAGGAGGUAAAUAAUGACGAACCGGAAGAUUUUUUUGGCAGAUUCUUAAAUGGUAGCAUAAAAGACACUGAAGAAUCCCUUGCAAAUUUAGAAAACCAAGAGGACUCUGAAACUCUCCCAGAUAUUCCACUGGAACAAGCAUCAUACAGCUCAACAGAAGCUUUAUUAUUAGAUGACAGCUUUUCUUCGCUCGAUGAACUUGCAAAAAGGAUAGAGAUUGCAGAGGUUGCCCCAGCAGAGGGACUGGUGUCCAUCCUAAAGAAGAGAGAUGACAGUGAAGGAAAGACGCUUGCUCAAAUCCAGCAGAGAAAUCCAAAGAGAAGAGUGAGAUUCCAAGAAAUGGAAGACACCUUGGAUCAAGAUGAAGUUGGUGGCGGCUCCUGUAUUUUGCUGAUCCUGUUGUGCAUAGCAACUGUUUUCCUUAGUGUUGGAGGAACUGCACUGUACUGCACCUUUGGUGACAUGGAAUCCCCUGUAUGUACUGACUUUGCAGCCAACAUGGACUUUUACUAUACCCAGAUAUUGCAGGGUGUGGAGGAACUUAAACACUGGGUAGCCUUCACAUAGUUGAAAUGAGCAGGGACAACACACUGACAGCUUACCAAUGAUUACCAGAGAGGUUAAAAAAAAAAUGGUGAUUUCAAGUUUUCUGUAAUAUGUGCCACCUUCAGGUGAGGUACAGCUGAUGACAUAAACCUUAACCUUUAAAUACCAGUUGAGAAGAACUGUCUACUCUAGUAAUCAGGUGGGGAGAAAUCAAGUAUGGAGCGGGAGAAUAAUAAGCAAAAUGUCAUUGCCUUCACCUUCUGAAACCAAGCGAACAGCCAUUCAACAUCUUGGGAAGUGAAGAAUAUAGAAAACUGAUUAGCCUCUACACAGUCUCCCAUUGCCACACAUUCUAAGCAAUCUUUGCAAUCUUAAUGAAAGGACAAUUUUGAUUUACAGCUGUUUGCACAAAAGUGUUGCCUCCAGCUAUCAUGCAAUAAGUCUGUGUUUUAUGAAAAUGUUUCCUUAUUUUUCUUUUAAGUCUUAAUGUAUCUUUUCAUUUUAAAUGUCCUGGUGAGCUGUUUAAUUAUGGGUGGAGUGAGGAGAAUGCAUUGGCAUUUGCAGUGCCCUCAUACUAUGUUAGUUAAAUGGAUUGGCCUUAUGUCUUUGUGUGUGACAGUUGUCAUGAGUGGGUUAAAUCUGAAGGCAGAUUUGCCAAAUUCUCUGGACUUUUAUUCCCCAAAUUGGAUGACAGUGUUGGAAAUUUGUGGGAUAUUUUAAAAAGAAAAUUCACUCCCAGCACACAAUACUAAAUGUAGGAAUUUUUUCUUACUAAUAAUAGUAAAGCCGCUUGGGCCAAUGAAAGGGAAUGGGACUAGGAGUCAGGAUACUUGGGUUCUCUUUCUAGCUUUACUACUUGCUUGCAGUGACUUCUCUGCCUCAGUUUCCCCCUCUGUAAAAUGGAGAUAAUGAUCUUUGUCCUCCUCUGUAAAAUGCUUUAAAAUCUACAGAUUGAGAAUGGUAUAGAACUGUGUGGUGUUAUUAUUUAUAAGUGCAAAAUGUCCUGAGGUUUUGUUCAACCUGGCAUAUAGCCAAGACCAGCUGGAAAGUUCAGAGCCAAACUUUUCCAGAUUUCCACCUCUGAGCUUUACUGAGUCAUUUUGAAUAAAAUUGACUCUAUUACACCAAGUCUUGUUCUCAGGGGAAAAUCCUCUCCAUCUCUGUGACAUUUUAUUUCACCCUGAGAUCUUUCAACUCCCUCAUAUAUUCCUAUCACUCUUUUUUCAUGGCGAUCUACUCCCCCUAGAUUUUUCUCUUCUUUUCCUGUCCAGAUCCCAUGUUGAGGGGAAAAAACAAAUAACCAAAAAAUAUUUUGAGAAUAUAUAGAUAUUUUCAUUUUUAAAACUUGCAGUAUUAUUUAUAUGGGAGAUCCCUUCAUAUUAAUUCAUCACCCAAACCACAGUAUAUAAACAUAUGAGCUGAAAGUUUCCACUAAAACAAUCACCAGUGAAAUAGUUUAAAAUUGUGAUAUUUUAGUCCAUCAGGGUUCAUUUUGAACACAUGAUAGACAUGAACAGCGCAAUUCAUACCUCUCCAUAUUAAUUUUUAGUUGCCUUCUGUCUGCGGACUUGGGAAGGCAGAAUUGUGAUAAUUUACAUUCAAAAAGGUAAUUCUGCAAUGAGGGCUUGCAACAUAAUUAAAAAAACAAUAACAUUUUAAAUUCCCAUGUUUUAGAUGUUUCCAAUGUGUUUUAUGGAAGAGCCCCUAGUGUUGCACUGUAUCACAUGUACCAGUCAGGAGAAAAUAUCUGAACUCAGGGCCAAAUCCUUAGGUGCUUUACACACCUUCAGAAGGGCCAAAAGGGGAUACUGUUCAGAGAGUCUUGGAGAACCCAUUCAGUAGGAUUCCACAGGUAACAUUGUCAAAAAUACCUAAAUCCCAUUUUCAAAUGUGAUUUAGGCACUUGGGAU